AGCUAGAGGUAGUCAAGACUCAAGAAUAGCGUUUAUCUACGAAUUGCGGUGAGGCCCAUAAUCCAGCGUGUGAAGCUAGCCCACUAUGUAACUCGGUCUCAUCCAAUGAUGCUUGGUUUAAGGAAGGAGACUUGCAUAUUCUCGCUGAAACUCUUGUUAGGAUUUGAUGGCUGUUUUUUUAACAGGGAGCGUGGAGUCGGAAAAGAGCACAAAAAUUGAAUGGAAAAGUUUGUGAAGAAGGAAAAUCUAGUUAUAUAAAGAGCAAGAGGGCAGUAAGACCUCUAACAUUCGCUAAUGGCCUCUCUACCACCGUGUAAAUGGCCAUUAAACACCACCAGUUAUUACUAUGUAUCAACAACUAAAAACUCUCCCAUCUUUUUCAAAGUCGAUUUAUCUUCCUUAAAACGACACCGUGUCACCACUUCUUUCCGCCAUCCUUGCUUCUCUGCGCCUUCUUCAUUUUGUAGUUCUGAUUCGGGUGAUGAAGUAAGAAAAUCGACAAAUUUGUGUAAUUCCGCUUCGGGUAAAGGGAGCGGAUUUAAUUCGGGCUCCGGGAAUCCAAAUCGAAAUGGACCAAAGGGAAAGAAAACGACCCCAAUUUUAAAGGCCUUGUUUGGGAGGAAAUCAGUUUGGUGGAAGAUAGUGUCCUCAUCGAGGAAAGUUAGGAGCAUCAUUUUGCUUAAUGUCAUGACUUUUAUCUAUGCUAGCAGCAUUCCAGUUGUCAAACAAAUUCAGGCUGGCAUGGAUCCGGCAACCUUUACUUUUGUACGAUUUGCCGUAUCAGCUAUUCCAUUCAUCCCGUUUGUAUUUCAAGCUCGGGGAGAUGUACAAACCCGUAAUGCAGGGAUAGAGUUGGGUUUCUGGGUUAGUUUAGGAUACCUAAUGCAGGCACUUGGACUGAUGACAUCAGAUGCUGGACGUGCAUCCUUUUUAUCUAUGUUCACUGUAAUUGUCGUUCCAUUGCUUGAUGGCAUGUUAGGAGCAGUAGUUCCUGCCCGUACCUGGUUUGGAGCUCUCAUUUCCAUCAUAGGAGUUGCAAUGCUUGAAUCCAGUGGUUCUCCUCCUAGCAUUGGAGAUCUAUUGAACUUCUUAAGUGCUGUGUUUUUUGGUGUCCAUAUGCUUAGAACUGAACAUAUAUCAAGAAGCACAAGCAAAAAGAAAUUCUUACCAGUCCUUGGAUAUGAGGUAUGUGUUGUUGCUCUCUUCUCAACAAUAUGGUAUUUAUUUGGAGGUCAGUUUGCUGGCAUCCAAGAGUGCAACCCGUCAUCCUGGACAUGGACAAUGAUUUUGCAUUGGAUGGUUUCUUUUCCAUGGAUACCUGCACUUUAUACAGGACUAUUCUCUACUGGGUUAUGCUUAUGGAUAGAGAUGGUUGCCAUGUGUGACAUAUCGGCGACAGAAACUGCAAUAAUUUAUGGGCUGGAACCAGUGUGGGGUGCUGGUUUUGCAUGGUUUCUCCUUGGUGAAAGAUGGGGUGCUGCUGGUUGGAUUGGGGCUGCUCUUGUGCUUGUUGGAAGCCUGACAGUUCAGAUAUUUGGAUCGUCUUCCCCUGGCGGGUCUUCUGAAGAUAAAGAGAGAUCUAAAAAUGUUGAUCAGCUUCUGGUUUCAGAUAAGCAAAAUGGUUUCUUUACCUCUCCAAUUCCCAUCCAUUCUAGAAAGGAUGUUAAUGAUAUAUUGAAGAAGUAAGGCAUGCCCCAUCCCUUUCUUCUUUGAACUGAUUAUUUUUAACUGAAUCAUGUAAUUAUAUAGCACCAAAAAUAAGUCUUAAUUUUGAUGUAUUCUCGAGGCCCAAAGUAAGGCCUUGCCAUGUAAUAUUUGUGAAUAAUAGUCAUAUAUACAGCAGAAGAUAUACAUAAGAGAAAAAGCUUUGGCAUAUAUUUUUUUUUGAUUCA